AUGACCGCCAGCUACCUGGGUGAUCAGAGCCUCACUGCGUCUUAUUGUUUGCGUCGCCGCAUUGUUGAUCUUGUCGCUUCAUCCAUCUCUGUACUCUUAACCAACCUAUACCUCGCGCUCAACAGCGACCUCUCCUCGGGCCGCUGCCCGGCCAUGGACACCGACCCAGGGCCGCACGAGGCAGUAGCUGGCGCCGCCGUGCCUUCCAAGGUCCAGCGACAGCAGCAUCUGCUCGGCCGCCCUGCAUCCCUGACCAGGUCAAGAUCCCUCUCCGACGGCGGAGGAACCACGCCCAAGCUCUCCCCGGCGCCGCACAUUAUCGCAUCCGCCCGCCGCACCUCCAAGGACGACCACGACAUUGAUACACUUUCUUCCAGCUCGGGCGCUACCGCCCCCGCGUCCGCCGCCACGCUGGCCGGCUUUCCCUCGACGCCGAAGCGGUCAGAGGUUCGUGGCAUGUCGUCUCGGGACAAGCAGCACCAGCAGCAGCAGCAACAACAGCAACUACAACAGCCGCCGCCUCUGCCACGAACCUCUCGCGACUUUACACCUCCUCCUGGUGCGACCGCAGGUACUAGCGCGUAUGGCAAGCUGGCGCCGCUGUCCCCUAAGGUCGACCACGCCCACAUCUACGCAUCCCCGACCAACAUCCUCCCCCGACGGUCACGCGGCCUCGACUUUUCCCGCGCUGCCACGAGCCUACACCACUCCACCCUCGCCGAGUCCUCGCCCGAGUCCUCGCCCACCGUGGGCAGCCGCGGCAUGAAUAUCCCAGCCCGGCGCCGCGAAUUCGGCCCCGGCGCCGCCGAGCAGCACAGCCUCCAGGCAUCGGCGUCUCUUUGGCCUGCCGCCAUCGGCCACCAGGAGCGAAUGGUAAUCAGCAGCUCGCUGGGUAGUACCCAGGCGGUCGGCUCCGACUCGUCGAGCUCCUCCGAAGACGACGACCUGAUGGACGAGGACACGGAUGAGGCGUAUGUCACCACACCGCAGGUGUCAAGGAUGGGUGCCGGUGGUGGAGGGCCCAGACCGUUUGGGUCGCCGGCGAUGAAUAUCCUCACCACCUUUCACAACCGUCCGCGCCCGCGCAAGCAGCCCAAGAGAAAGGUCCGCGGCCCGCUGGGUCUGGGCUUCAACAUGAACGCGCCGCGCUCGCCCCCGAGCAAUUCGGCGCGCGCCCGCCGCGAGAGCAUCAGCUGGCAGGCAAACCAGUUGCAAAUUUCUAGCGGCGAUGGCGAAGACAGCGCGAAGUCGCUCAGCGAUGUCGAUGGCCCGUCCAGUGAGGCUCAGCCCAACGUAACGCGCAGAGCAGUCACCCGUCGCGGAAAUCUGUUGCCGAAAACCAAGACAUUUGCGCGAAUUCGGGCUGCUCUGCUCGAAGAAGGCGCCCCAGCGGAAGCGGAGUUCCGUCGUGAAGCCGAAGUUGUCAAGCAGGUUCGCGAGAGCGAUGUCGAUCACGACCCACGGCCGCCCACCAACGUAUUUGACCUAUCGCAGGCCGUCAGCGCACUGUCGUCGCCCAACAUGGUCAACCAGGAUACCAUUGAUGAGCCCGAGGAGGACCUAAUGCGAGACUUGUCCACCGGCGUGGCCAGCAGUUUCAAGCAACAAAUGCUAAAAAGCAAGUCCAAGUCAUUCUGGGACACGUAUUCCGAAUGCAGCAGCACCGGAGGCGGCGGGCGCGCAUCUCCCCCGCCGCAAACAUUCAUGCCUCGAGAGUCGUCGUCGGGCAUGAGUGAGGAUGCCGCCAUGGACUCACCCUCCUUUGCCAUGUUUCAAAACUACCAGUUGCAAGCUACCGCCAUUGGCCCUCAGCCCCCUUCUGCCGCCGAGAUUACUCGCCGCGUCAACAACAAGCGCCGGCGCGACGACGACCUCGACCCCGUGAGCUUCAAGCGCCGGGCCGUCAGCCCCGGCAUGAGUGUGCAUAACUCGCCAGUCGUGCAGAGCCCCUUGCAGCGGGACAAUGUCCAAUGGGGCUCACGCCCGGGCAGCACGGGCGGCGACAGGGCUGGCAGCAGUGCACAGAGCGACUCCGGCAGCAUGGGCAGCCGUAAUAAGGGCCGGGUAGGCUUCCAGGGCAUGGUGGACGCUAACGAUGCCAUUAUGCGCAUGAGCAUUGAGUAA